AUGAAUGUGUUUCGAUUACCAAGGAAGCUGAGCAUUGAGAUUAAUUCCAUGAUAGCAAGGUUUUGGUGGAGCAACAAGAAGGAAGGAAAAGGUAUUCAUUGGAAGAGCUGGGGUAAAAUGGGUGAAAACAAAAAGGGAGGUCGAAUGGGGUUUAGGGAUGUUAAUAUGUUUAAUAAGGCUAUGCUUGCCAAACAAGGGUGGAUGCUGCAACAUAAUGUUAACUCAAUGGCAGCAAAAAUUUUCAAGGAAAAGUAUUACAAGCAAAGCCAAUUCAUUGAGGCAAAGCUUGGUUAUAAGCCAUCUUUUAUGUGGAGGAGUUUAUUGGAUGCACAAGAUCUGAUCAAAAUAGGUAUGGUGUGGAGUGUGGGUAAUGGGAGGAGGAUAUCAAUUUGGAAUGAUAAGUGGCUUCCCAAUUCUGUAAAUUUUCAAGUGAGAUCACCAGUUAGUAUCCUAGCUGCUGAUGCAAAAGUAAGUUCUCUUAUUUUUGAGGAUUUUCAUUACUGGAAUGGGAGGCUGAUUUGUGAAAUAUUCAGCAGGGAAGAUGCUGCUCAGAUCUACAGUUUACCACUCAGCAGGUAUGUUGAGGAUGAUAAAAGUUUUUGGGGUUUCACUAAGGAUGAAAGGUUUUCUGUGAGAAGUGCUUACCACCUAGGCACUGACAUGGAAAAAGCAGACCAUGGUGAAUGCUCGAUUAGGCAGAAAUAG